CAUCGUCUCUGGCCGCCUGCGUGAUUACGCACAUUCAUUUUGGACGCUGGGCGGGAGAAGUUAUCCGGGUGUGCUGGAAAACUGCGAGCAUUUUAAAAGAAAAACUCGAAAAGGGAACAAACAGGUGAAACAUGUUAAAUGGUGCCCAUUUUGUGGAGACCCUGGGUCGUCUGGGUUAUCCCGGUGCGUCUUCGCUGAAGGGCUCUGAGUUUGAUUGGCUGUUUGACUCUGCCCCGGAGAACCUUCAUUUCUUGCGCUUUGUCUGUCGCACCCUCAACCGGAGCAACGUUCUUAGCACAGAGGAGGCGGCUGCCUUUCAGGAGCUACGGAAGUCUGGCAAGCCAAUUCUGGACGAAGCAGCAUUGGGCGAGGUCCUUAAAACCAUCGGACCGUCAGAUGGGAGCAACGCAAACGUCUCAGGGCCCUUUUCUUCUUCAUCCUCCGGGUUUGCACAGGAAGAUGACUUGGCCAUAGAGGACCUGGAGGCCGAAGUCCAGGCGCUGAGUAAGGAGAAAGAAUUGAAGCAACGGCGCUACAACAAGUUGCAGGUUGUGGCCACGUCCCUUGCCGACGUUGACCUGCAGUUCACUGUAGAGCUGGACAGUGAGGCGCGCAAGCUGAAGGAAGCCGGUGCUUUGAUCGGAGCUGAGAAUGCUGACACCAACACAAUGCUACAAGACCUAACCAGUAAGGUGAGCAGACUGGCCUCUUAUCUCCCUCAGCCAGAAACCAAGCAGGAAAAAAACUCUGUCGCCCAGUCAAACACCCAAAAGCCUGCUGUCCUCCUCUCUCAGCUCACGUUGGAUCCUUACCUGAAUCAGGAGGAGCUCAACACCAAAACUCUAGCUGCCUUCACACAAAAGCAUUUUUUUCAGGGUAUUUCUGACAUUGUUGACACGUCUUGCUCUGAGCACUUCAGGGUCCUUGACCUCAGCUCUUGUGAUGAUGGAGUAGAUGAAGCUGAGGGUAAGAGGAGAGAGGGCGUGAAUUGUGGUGUUGAGCGCAAGAGGACAGAGAUGGGUAGACUUCAGUGGGCACAUGUUGUGGCUCAGCAUCAGCUGAUGCAAGCUAUGGCAGAGGAGGAGAGCUUUAAAGCUGGAUUAGACUGGCUCUCUGAAAAGGCUUGUCAUACUAAGAGCAUUUCCACUUCCUCCUUGCUGCACGUACGGGAAGUUGUGUCCAGAAAAGAGCUGCAGGCUGUGGAGGCUGAACUAGAAGCUCUGCUCMAUGGACCGGUCCCGGCUGCACUUAGAGAGUCAGCCAGGCUGCUUAACGUUCCCGUCGUCAGAGGGGACCUGGAGCUGCAACUCGCCAGGCAGAACUACUACACAUCCAGGCAGGACCAGGUCCGUGACUACUUACUCCGUCAAAAAGCCUCCUUUGAUCUGAUCCUUCUGGCUCAGGAGAUGGAGCUGAGAAGGUGGCAGACAUGUCAGAAGCAGCUGAGUGGAAUCGAGGACAGACUGGUGAAGGAAGGCAAAGCAGCAUCUUUAAGGUUCGAGUCUCUUUCACAGCCGGACCUGGCAAUAAACCCGAGACCCAAUCCCAUCAUCAGCAGCAAGGAUGCUGCUUUCAGCAGACUGCUCCAGAUGCUCGAGCAGGAUUCAGGCCACAGCCGGCUGGAACCUUUUCGAACCUACGAAGCUUUGGACCAGGCAGCUCGCAAUCUUGUGACCAACCUCCAGCUGGCCCGAGACUCUCUGGCCGGAGCGCGCCGUGAGCAGCACUACACUGUGGCCCGUCUUUGCGGGGACUGCGAGGCACUCCACAGGGCCUCGUACACAGAUCUCCAGCAGCUGGUCUUGGGGCCACAGGUAUGUCCAACAUCCAGUACUGACCAGGAGCUCCUUUGCCCCAAUGCACAGGAGCUGACGCAGAAGCUCGUGGAAGCUGAGUCUCAGAUGCAGAAUCUGCAACAGGUGAUGCACGAAAUCCUGGCAGAUGUCAAAGCCAAACGAUUCGAGCUGGACCGUAACGCCCUUCUGAGACGGCAGAGGGAACUCUACAUCUUCUUCCACCUGGAUGCUCGGCUGCUGCAGAAAACAGUGGAAGAUCUGGAGAGGAAGACGGCGAACCGAGGGCAGCAGUGAGGCCUAACAACGAGGAGUCCAAGGAGCUCUGACAACCUCUCACUCUUACUUUCACGCCUGUUCUGAUAACAUUUGUUCUGUAUUUGACGUUAAAUGCGAUUAAGUUUUUCUUAAGUUAGAAAUGAACUCGGCUGACUGUGAUUUAUGGAAUUGGGAAAGUGAAAUGUGGAGUUUGAUUAUUUUGUACAGAAGUUCUUAAUGUUUGUUUUCUGAAGUUUGAAGAUAAAUUGUUCACUUGUCUGAUAAAUAAAAUAAAGUUCAAAGUUCA